UUCACCAGCCCAUCGGUGUGGCUAUUUGCGCGACAGUGGCGCCACCCGAAUGGGCAGAUGCGUGUUUUAGUCAAGCCAGGAAAAGGAUGCGUGAUAUGGGCGCUGAUUGCCGCUGAAGAUAGCCCAGAGCCCAGAGCUUUCACCACUUAAGCCAAUGUUCUCUGAAGAGAGGGAAAAAGGCCAGGAGCCAAGAUACCCCCACGCGAGCCCCGAUGCAGCAUCUACCCUCGCCCCUAGCCGCAUGCACGCAAUCACACACUGCAAAACCUACCUCGCAGUCGUUUCUUUAUUAGUGGAUACCUUCAUACCACUUACCCACCCCCAUUCAGCUGCCAGCCACGGGUUCUAGCGAGCCGGCCGGUGUCAUCAAUGGGCAGGACGCCCUUGUAGUAGGGCAGCAGAGAGAGAGAGAGGCGUUCGUCUUGAGUAGUGAGGGGGCCGGGCGCUUCCAUGCUGGUGGGGGAGGAGGAGGCGUCGUUUGUAUUUUUUUUCUUCUUCUUUGUUCCUUUCUGCCUCCCUUGCCUUUUCUUCCUACGCGCCCGCGCAACCGCAGGGCACACACCACCUCCUGUGACACUUACACACUUGCACACGCACACCCAACGCACGCCGACUGCUCGCCACCCCCGCCGAGCCCGUCACAUCCACACCUCGUUCGUGCAUGAUCUAGCCCGGUAGCAUUAUCCAGACGGACGGUCUACCCGUAGACCGGUCUUCGGUCCUGCUCUGGUCUGUUCGUCCCGUCUAUAUAUUUGAAGGGGCACAUCCCUCCCACCCCUUCUUUUCAUCCGAGUUCCUCUGCAUCACACCCCCCGGUCUCCACUAGAGCCGCCUGCCGAUUUGCACCCGUCCCUUUUUGAUAUACCGGACGUGCGCUGCGCGUGGCUAGGUACCUGGUGUGUGUGUGUGUGUGUGUCGCUCCAGCCCAGGACGCACAACAUGCAGGAAGACCACGACCUCCCUCCCCGGAUCGUGCCCGACGAGGCCCCGGCCCGCAGGGGGCUGGGCCACCGUCUCCGGCGCGUCCGGCGCUCGCUCACGACCAAGGAGGGCCUGGUGGGCGACUACGACUAUAAGUUCCUCUUCAUGCCGAACCUGCCCUUCAUGCGGCCGCCCACGCAGGCCGCGCCCUUCUUCGGGCUGCACGACCGCAUGCCCCUGCUGCUGGCCGCCCUCCUCGGCUUCCAGCACGCCCUGGCCAUGCUGGCCGGCCUCAUCGUGCCGCCCAUCAUGAUGUCCAACUUUGCCAACCUGCGGCCCGACACACGCCAGUACCUCGUCUCCACCGCCCUCAUCGUCUCGGGCCUGUUGUCCACCAUCCAGAUCACCCGCUUCCACAUUUACCGGACCCCCUACUACAUCGGCACCGGCCUCAUCUCCGUCGUCGGCAUCUCCUUCGCCAUCAUCCCCGUCGCCGAGGGCGCCAUCAAGCAGAUGUACGACAACGGCUUCUGCUCCAAGGCCGCCGACGGCUCCCUGCUGCCCUGCCCCGACGCCUACGGCGCCAUUAUCGGCACUGCCGCCGUCUGCGGCCUGGUCGAGGUCCUCAUCUCGUUCCUCCCGCCCAAGGUCAUGCUCCGCAUCUUCCCGCCCAUCGUCACCGGCCCGACCGUCAUGCUCAUCGGCAUCUCCUUGAUCCGUUCCGCCUUCACCAACUGGGCCGGAGGUGCUGGCUGCAGCCAGGGCGACGCUGGCCCGGCUUUUCUCAGGCUUUGUCCCGACAUCAGCGCGCCCCAUCCCCUGCCUUGGGGAAGCGCCGAAUUCCUGGGCCUCGGCUUCUCCGUCUUUAUAACCAUCAUUCUGUGCGAGCGUUUUGGCUCGCCCAUCAUGAAGUCCACCUCGGUCGUGAUCGGCCUCCUGACAGGCUGCAUCAUCGCUGCCGCCUGUGGCUACUUCAGCAAUAGCGGCAUCGACUCGGCCCCGGCGGUGUCCUUUGUCUGGAUGCAGACCUUCAAGCUGCAGGUAUACCCGCCCAUUAUACUACCCAUCAUCGCAGUCUUUAUCAUCUGCGCCUGCGAGGCCAUUGGAGACAUCACCGCUACGUGCGACGUGAGCCGUCUCGAGGUCGAGGGCAGGACGUACGAGAGCAGGAUUCAGGGCGGUGUCCUGGCAGAUGGUAUCAACGGAAUUCUCGCGGCCCUCAUGACCAUCACGCCCAUGACCACCUUUGCGCAGAACAACGGUGUCAUCGCUCUGACGAGGUGUGCGAACCGCAAGGCCGGUUACUUUUGCUGCUUCUUCCUUGUCAUCAUGGGCGUCCUCGCCAAGUUUGCCGCAUCGCUCGUUGCGAUACCAUCACCCGUCUUGGGUGGCAUGACGACCUUUUUGUUCUGCUCCGUCGCCGUCUCGGGCGUCGCCAUCAUCGCCAAGGGUGUUCCGUUUAACAGAAGGAACCGCUUCAUCCUGACUGCGGGCUUGGCUAUCGGAUAUGGCGCCACGCUCGUGCCGACCUACUUUCACAAGGUCUUUGCGUCUACCCCGGCCAAUAGAGAUCUCAGGGGCCUCCUGAAUGCCAUUGAGCUGAUCAUGGAAACCGGCUUCUUUGUGGCUGCCAUCAUCUGCAUGAUCCUCAACCUCGUACUACCAGAGGAGAUGGAGGAUACGCAAGGGCGCGUUGUCAGGGACUCGGAGACGCCGACCAACGUCCACACGGUCACGCCGGCCAAGGAAGCCGAGGGGGCCGAGAGCGGGCGAGGUGUCGAUUCCGACGACAUCACCCCAGCCGGGCGUGCUACGAGCAGUGAUGGCGUCGAAAAGGCCAAAAGCAACUGAGUGUCCCGGAUGGGGUUUGAACCGUGGGGUUUCAGUUUGUCAAGAUGAUGAGAGGGGCUAGGACGAUAUAAAAACACGAAUGAGAUGGUGAGUGUCCAUCGUCUCUUGACUAUAGUCUCUUGCCCAAUGAAGAUGUCAUGGCCGCUCUUCUGGGUCUCGGUUGAAGAGGAACGAGCUGAGCGACUUGCAGUGCUUGGACACGCGUGCCUGCCUCUCGCCCAGGAGCUCGGUCUGGAGCUUAAGUGUGCGGGCGCCCAGCGACGGCGCCGCCGAGGCCUCGGCGUCCACGGCGUCGGCAAAGAGCCGGAGGUGCUGGUGCAGCCCGUCCAUCAUGUCCCUGAUGAGGAUGACCUGCAUCAGCUGCGCCGAGGGGCCCGCGGGCCGGAAGGAUCCGACCUUGAGCUCGGGCAGCGGGAAGUCCGGGUGGCGGACCCCGCCGGCCGCCACCUUGAGGCGCAGGCACGACAGCGCGUAGAGCAUGAUCCGGUCCAGCACGUCGAGCAGGCGCAGGUGGCACGACACCAGCUGGCCGGCCAGCGCCAUGUCGACGCCGCCGCCGCCACCAGACCUUGGCGGCAGCGGCGGCGCGCCGUCAUGGCCGUCGUCUAGCCCGGCGAACUCGGGCGGGAGCCCGUGGGCGUGGACGCAGUCGGGGACGGUGCAGGGGGGCUCGCCGCCGCCGCCGCCGCCGAGCGCCGCGUCGACGGCGGCCGGGUACACGUCGGUCAGGCGCUGGACGGCGGCAAAGAUGCGCUCCAAGAAGCCGCGCGCCGCCAGCCGCGCCGCCACCUCGGCUAGGCGCUCGGCGAUGGCGGCGUUGUCGCCGGCCGCCACGUGCAUGAACGGCGGCGGCGGCAGGGCGGCGAGCGUGCCGUCCAGCUCCACCUGCAGCUCGGCUAGGGUGCGGCCGCAGGCGGCCUCGGCCUCUGCUGCCGAUUGAUCCCCGAAUGAGCUGGCCGAACUGCCGCCGCCAGCCGUCGCCGCGACGACGUGCGGCGACUCGCUGCUGCUGCUGGCCAGCGCGGCGUCGAGCGCGAGCCAGUCCGGGACCGGGGCCACGCCGGGGAGCGAGAGCAUUCCGGCAGGGUGGCCGAUGUAGUAACCGCCAAAGCCACCGCUAGGAAACUCGGCGAUGUCGGCCCACGGCUGCGGUUGGAGGGCGGUGGCGGCUCCUGAUGGUGAAAGCGACGACGACGGGGGAGAAGGGAAAAGCGAGGCCGCGUCCACCGCCGCCGCCGCGACAUGGCCGCUGGAGUGUCUCCCGAUGGUGCUGAAGACGCAGGGGGCCUUCAUCUUGGCGCAGCGCGUGCAGCUCGCGCUCCCCUGCUGCUUGGGGCAGCGGAGCUUCUGCGAGUGGCAUCGGUCGCACGCCUGCCGCCUCCGCACAGGGCCUGCCAUGGUCAGCCGGUGCCUUGCUGAGUCUAUAAACAACGGCCUAGGGGCUCACAUCAGAUCAUCCCUCACGAUGGAGCAGCUUGGCUUGCUUAUUCAGGCAGCCAAGCGCUUCGUGUCUUGGGAUGGCAUACUCAUAGGAAAGGCGCAAGGGAAGGAUGAUAAAAUGGAAAUACCGGAAAUAUAACGAUUUUUAUUACAAUUUACAUUGUUGACCA